AUCACGCACUUGUCCUUGACCUGCAAGAAAACUUUCAAUGGCGGCAAAUAUGAUCACAAUAAUGUCUUUGAAAAAACAUAAAUACACUGAUUCAAAAUAAUGGGAAUGAUUAAAGAGAUUGUUAUUUAAAAAAUCCCAAACUAUUCAAAACCAUGGCAAUGAAGAGGAGAUUGUCAGAUUAUCUCCAAGGUAACAACCUCCCUGUACCAACAGAUUCAGGUGCUGUUCCUUUGUACAGAGCACAGAAAGUUAGCUUUAAACUGUUUCAACAAAAAGAAACUGUUCAUAUGAAAUCAUUGUACCCGUUUUUAACAAAAUCUCAAAUAAACUCAAAAGUUCGAGAACUGUGGAAAAAUAUGUCAGCGGAUGAAAAACAGAAUUUUAGUAAGAUUGUUUUAACUAAAACACCAACCAAGUCUUCCCCAUUUGCCAAACAAACCAAAAGAAUGGGAAGCAACUCUUCAAAAGACAGACGAAGCAAAUGUAGCAUUUGGAAAGACCAAAAAACAGAAGUAACAUCUCCGGUAUACAAGAGUGACUUUGAUAGUCAGAACAUCACAUCCUCUCCAAAUUGGUUGACAGAAAACUCUCCAAUUCCAGCAAAAAAGGAUUACACCAAAACCAAAGAUCAACCUGAUAAUGUUAUUUCUGAGAUCAUAGAUGAAACUCCUAAUAAACAGCCAGGAAUAUUGAAACAAACAGAAAAUAUAGGAUAUGAAGAAACCACACCACCGUCAAAAAAGAAGACUAGAGUGAGUUUUUCUCCAUCAAAAGCCCCCACAACAACAAUGUUGUCUGAAGUAAAUAGUUCUCCAGUUAGCUCACAAGGAUUCUCCUCUGAGGAAGACAAUACACUUAUAAGGAGAAGUGGUUGUAAUUUCGAUGAUAUUGACAACUUUUCUAUUUGCAUUGAAAGUGAUGACCCAAUGUCAGUUGCAACAAACUUGAUAGUUAAAGAAGAAGUGCAAGAAUCUGAAAAAGACAAUGAUCAAAUCAAAGAUAUUCUUGUCAAAAAUAAUUCAAAAGAAGAUAGAAUACAUGAAAUCAAAUUUUCCAAAAAAUCACCAAAAGAUAAAAAGAAUAAAAAUCUUUCUGCAAAAAAAUUAACACCAGAGAUCAUAUCAACAAGAAGAACUAGGUCAGCACAAUCGAUAUCAAAACCUGAAAAUAAUCAGUUUGCAACACCUUUGACAUUCAAAUCAAACAAAAAUUCAAAUAGCACUAAAUCAGACAUGAACAACUUCACAACACCUUUGAUUUUGAAACCUAAUUCAAACAACCUUACCUCCAAAUCUGAUAUCCAGCCGUAUACAACACCUAUGAUGGAUGAUGCCACAAUGCAACAACUGUUUGAUGAAGCCAAGCAAGCUCCAAAGAAAAGACGGUCAAAGGGAGGAGACAAGCAUCAAAUUAAAGAAGACCUAGAUAAUGAUAGUACUACUGAUUUGAAGAAACACAAAGCAAGAACAUCUUUACUAUGUCCAGAUCAAGUGGAAUCUAACUUUAUUAUUGAUGCUUCAGGAGAUGCCAAGGUUAACAUCACAGACAAUGAGAAAGCAACUGAUUCACAACUGAGCAUGCCAAAGUAUUCAUGUGAAGGAAAUAUGCCUGUUGUUCUAGACUCAGACAAUGAAAAGACUGGACUAUCUGAUUUUGAAGUUCCUUCUCUUCCAACUUCAGGAGCAUAUUUUAGAGUACCUGAUGAGGUUGAGGAUGUAGAGUUGAGUGACUCAGACUCUGACAAUGCAUUAGAGACUUGUAAGUCUAAUAGCGUUUUUUCAGUAAUGGAAACAUUGAAGAGAAUGAAAGAAGCCACAUGGAAACAAAUUUCUCCAAUAAAAUGCAGUCCAGUUAUGUCACCAAAGAUCUUGUCUCCAGCAUUGUCUGGUAUAAGUCAGUUGUCUAGUGCAUCAUCAGAUUCUAAAGGCAGCUUUGUUGAACUAGGACAUUUAAAAGAAGACUCAAAUGAUGCUGAUCCAGGAAACACAGAACCAGUAGUCCAGACAGACAUGUAUCAAAAUAGAAAGAAAACAACAGAAGAAACUGUAUCUAGUCAGCAUAAAGAAAAGCUUACAACUUCACAAAAGCAGGAAUAUCCUAAAACUUACAAAGAAGAUCUGGAAAAACUUUCAAAUAGCUCUGAGAAACAAAAUAUUCCAUUGUCACAUGAUAAUGAUCUAGCAUCAAAGCAGGAAAAUACAUCAAAUGAAGUAAAAAAAGAAACCAUGACCAAAACAGACAUGCUUUCAGACUGUUCUCCAAAAGAAAGCAUAGAGGCAAACAAAGACAGAAAUAAAAUUGUCUUAGAAACAAAAGUAAUCAGAACUAAAAAGAUAACUAGGAUUGCCAGAAGGAAGACACCAAAUAAAAAUCAAGAAAUGACUGACAAGGACAAGCAACCAUUAUGUGAGUUGUUUUAUGAUUUGACUCCACCUGAACAAAAACAUACAAAACAAUCAAACAGGAGAUUAAUAGCAAGUGCAGUUACACCAGGGAACAGCAACUUCAAUUCACUAUUUGAUACAAAGGCAGAAUCCAUCUUUUAGUACUUUAGUAAAGAAAUUCAUUGUUAGAACAAUAAUCAUGAGAAACUUAUGUUAUAUUGGAAAUCUAUAAUAUGUGUUUUGGAUUUUCUUGUUUAAUAUCAGAAGAGGGAUGUUUCAUUGUGACCCAGACAGGCAUUAAAAAUUUCAACAAUGGCUGGUUUUAAGUAUUUUUUUCUGUACAAUAAAUCUGUAAGUGAAAUUGUAAAAUUGCGACUUAAAUAUGGUUAGCUCAUUUUUAAAGCACCUCCCUUGGGUGCCAUGUAUGUUUUACUGGAACACCCCUUCAAAGCUAUUAAAAAAAUGAAGUCCAAGGGUUGGGAGGUUUACAACCCAAAGUGUACAUGUAUAAAAUGUUGGUUUAUUAAUUCAGUUGUUUAAUGCCUCCUAUAAAAGUAUUAUAAUGAAGUCAAUCUCCAUCAUUUAUAUUUUCAUUCAGUAGCUCCUGACCCCUGUUUAAUUAUCUUAUGGCAUAUAAAUAAGAGAAACAUUAUUAUUUAGCAAAUGCUUGUAUGGAAUCAUGAACUACAGUUGAGCCAUUUUAUAUAAUAUAUAUACUUUUGUUAUUACAUGUACUUAGAAAGAGUGU